CUAGCGUAUGCAUAGUAAAAAGAAAGAGCCAGAAAAAGAUAGCCGAGAAAAGCAAGGCAAAAUCGCAGUUCAUAUUUUACACUUCUAAAAGGAACAUUUCCAGGGAAAUAAGACGCAUUUCUGUAUUUUUUUUAAGAGAAGAGCCUAGAUUUUUCUCAAGCGUCACGUGACUUGUUUCGGUUGUGCUGACACCUUGGAUUUUGAACCUGUCCUUCGCCAACCACAACAUUAUUGCUGGGAUCGUACCAGAACAUGAGCGGCGAGUCGCACGGUAAUGAUGUCAAAUCCGAAUCGAAUGAAGAACAAUUUUCUAUGGAAACUGAGGCCGUAAACGAUGAUAAUAGCGGUUCAGAACCGUCGAAAUUCCCAGUAAAAACAGAAGAAAGAAAUACUAGUUCAAGGAAACGAGAUGUUUCCGGGAAACAGGUGAAUGAAAUCGCUGAACCGCCGAAAGACUCCGUGGUAAAAUCAGAAGAACCUUCUGAAUCCCAGUUCCAAAGUCUAUCGCAAUCCCAGGAACCGGUUGAGAAAAAGCAGCGAGGGGAAGGAAUGCCUCCUGCUCAACAAAAGUAUUGUGCCGCGAUUGUUCGUCAGCUCAAGCGAACCAAAGAUUCAGCGCCUUUUCGUGCCCCAGUAGAUCCCGUCAAACAAAAUGUUCCCGAUUAUCCCAACAUCAUUAAACAUCCCAUGGAUUUAGGAACCAUUGAGAAAAAAAUAAACAACCGCAUAUAUUCCUUACCGCAAGAAUUUAUCGAUGACAUGAAUUUGAUGUUCUCUAAUUGCUUUUUAUACAACGGUACGAAUUCCCCAGUCGGAUCCAUGGGUAAAAGCUUGCAGACGGUGUUUGAACGCCAAUUGAAGCAAUUACCCGAUCCUGAUCAAGCACCGGCUCCGGUGUCCAAAAAACCCAAGCAAAAGGCAUCACCGGCUCCUGCUGCUGUUGCAGCGGCCCCAACAUCCGCCGCUUCUACGCGAACUCGAAGGAGCUCAUCUGUCUCUUCCGCGUCUCGUCCUUCCAUUUCUUCGGCUCCUCCUUCUACCAUUCCCUCGAAUACUACUCCACCGCUUAUUGAAGGCAAGCCGAGACGCCGAAAGAACAAUUCUCAAAUGCGGUACUGUACAACAAUAUUAAAGGAACUUUAUAAGCGACAGUACGAACCGUUUGUCUUCCCUUUUUAUCAGCCAGUAGAUCCAGUGGUUAGUGAUUGUCCCGAUUAUUUCGACGUUAUAAAGCAUCCGAUGGAUUUGGGUACUAUUCAAGCAAAACUUAGUAAAAACGAAUACGAAGUUCCCGAUGAAUUUGAGUCAGAUGUACGAUUGAUGCUUGAAAACUGUUUUACGUAUAAUCCUCCUGGAACUCCCGUUCAUCUUAUGGGCCGGCAACUUGAGAAUCUGUUUAAUGAAAAGUGGAAUGCUCGUCCUAAGUAUGAUGAUGCCACUCUUGUUAAGCAACAAGCUGCUGAGACAGCUGCCUUAUUAUAUGAGAAUGGCGAUGAAGAUGCUUUUCUAUCAGAAGAAGAAGUUAACGGUGAUAAAUUUGCCGCCGUGGAUAAACAAAUUUCUAUGCUCCAGGACACUUUAGAAGCUAUGAAAGCAAAGAAGAUGAAACGCAUGCGUAAGCCUCGGCGCCGUGACUCUAAUAAAGAGUACGGCCCUAUCACAUAUGCUAUGCAAACUGAGUUGGCUGAGAGAUGUAAUUAUUUAACUGCAGAACAGCUGUCCGCAGUUGCUGAAAUUUUAAGAGAAGAAAUGCCUUGGUUACGGGAUACCGAUGAAAUUGAAAUUGACGUUGGAAAUAUGAAGCCAGAAACUUUUCAUCGCAUUUAUCGGUUUGUCUGUAAACCUGAAGCAACUUCCUCUGAUCCUCCUUCACCUACGUUGAUGCCAUCCAGACACGAGAAAAAGAAAGGCCGAGUGCUAUCUGAAACUGAACAAGCAGACAAAAUUCGACGUUUACAGCAGCAAUUGGAUCGUUUUGCUGGCAAAGCGUCCGAUACACCUACAGGACAUUCCCAAGAGUACGAUAGAACAUCCGAAUCUGCUGAAAGCGAUCAUGAAAGUGAGAGCAGUGAGUCAGAUUAAAAGGUCAUGUUCGUUCGUCUAAGCACAACUGGAUCCUGCCAAAAAAUGCAUUUGUUUGUUUACUCUGGGGAAAGCGAACAAAUGUUUGUUGAGCGUUGAUUAUGUUAUAUAUAAUUAAUAUGUUUAAUAAUAGGAACCGUCUUUAUGGUUUAUUAUGUUCAUUCAGUUGAAGAACGUUAUAAAGCCAUGAAGUGACCCCUCGCCAUCUCCACAUUAGCAAAAUUGCUAAAUACGAUUUUGAUGAAACAAUACCCUAAAGUUGUACAACUUCAGCUGAAGCUUUAUGAGUUUGAAUCCAUCUGCUCAUAAAAUGGAAGCUAUCGUUUUACUUAGGGGAGAGAAAUCAGUUAAUUUUUGUCCAAUUCACAACAUUUGCCUAAUAUGUUGUACUGUUUAUGACUUUUUUUUUCUUUCGUGUAUAAUGUCUUUUCUCCUUGAUGAUUGAAUAUCCCUUUCAAUCUAUUCCCUGAUGGUAUACCAAUCAGUUUAGCAAGAGGCUUUUUCUUGUGAAAGUUUUGUACGUUUCAUGUCGCUCUUUUCCGCCCUUUACCGCAUACAUUGUGCUUAUUGUACAAUAUAAAUAUCAAUUACUCUGUCAUUUUUGUUUAUAAAUUCACUGUAAAUAAAUAUUAAUGUUUUCAUUUCAGAGUGUAAACUAGAUACACCAUAUUUUUCUUGUGGAAACAAUGAUUAUCAUACGAAGUAUAUAAAUAAGAAAUAUUACAACUUAAUCGUUAACACUAUAUUCUGUCACGGG